GUGUGGGAAGGUGGUCCUGGUUGAAAAACACCGUCCAGAAAAGCAACCGACGGGGCAACUUUGCAUGUAUUUGUGUAUUCCUUUAACAUUUUGUAACACCAUCAAAACAAACCGUUAAACCCCGGAAGAGGCACAAACUGCCGCCGAGAAAGACCGGGAUGGACUGGAGUUGUUUGUCCCCGGGAGUAAAGUUGGGAAACUACGAGGUGAAAAUGGAGAGCCCAGCUGAGUGAGAGUGGGGUGAGGAGGCUGGAUUUGGCAGAAGUUGGGAGUCCUGCCUUUGCUGCUAGCAGGCUAGUUAGCGUGCUUAGACACUUCGCUAUCUCGGCCUGUAAAGUACUUCAACUGUUUCGAGGGAUUUUCCCAGUUCAUUCCUUUUGUUGUGCCUGCCUCACUGUUCUCUAGCCUGUCAUUCUCCAGGGGAGCUGCUUCAUGGGUGGCGAGACCACUGCUGACAUUGCAGCUUUUCCCAAUGGAUCAUAGCAGAGUUGAUGGUGGUCUGAUUUCUGUGGAAGUUUUGCGUGUGUCCUGCAUUUCCCCUAAAGGCAACCCUACUUAAGCCUAUUUUAGAGAAGCUGGAUGCCUCGAGCUAACGGCUCGCUUUUGGAUCAAACUUUUUUUUUUCCUUUUCAUCCACACUGACUGCACCCAUGCAGUUUUCUCGGUCCCUAUCUGAGAUGUAGCCCUGUUACAGGCCUACUAAAGCACACUGAAGACGACUAGUAGCAGGGAGUUGACAUAAGGUGCAGGCUUGUUCAAAAUGUAUUCAUGAGCACGUGGGAGCUGUUAAACCGGACUCGGAACAUAUUCAUGUACUGUGACUGCUGAUGCCAGCUCACUGGGACUUCAGUGGAUGUAAUCCGCUUUAUUCAUGAACCCUCUGACUGAGUCUGGGUGCAGCCUGGAUGUUGCGGUUAAAUCAGCUGUUGCGGUGAUGAAGCAGAGCUCCUGGUGGCCUGUGUGGCUGGCUGGGCAGUGGCCCAAGGUGAUGUGAUGGGGUGCCGGAACAGUAAGGUCCUCCCUGAGCCUCCAGGGGAUGUUCAGUUGGACCUGGUCAAAAAGGUUGAUCCCCAACCUCCUCAGACAGAUAUCUAUAAGCACUUCAUACGAGGGGAUGGCACUGGGAGCAAGAUGGGUAUGGCAGGUGACAAGGCAGAAAUCACCACCCCAUAUCAAGCCCAGGCGCAAACCGCCACCCCCACCACUUCAGCCCAGGCCCCUAAGGACCUGUCCGAACUGUCGGAUCCUCAGCGAAAGAAGGUGGCGAAAUACCGGGCCAAGUUUGACCCCCGGGUCACCGCCAAGUACGAGAUCAAAGCUUUGAUUGGUCGGGGGAGUUUUAGCCGGGUAGUCCGCGUGGAGCACAAGAGCACGCGGCAGCCAUACGCAAUCAAGAUGAUCGAGACCCGUUACCGGGAGGGGAGGGAGGUGUGCGAGUCAGAGCUGUGCGUUCUGCGUCGUGUUCGUCAUACUAAUAUAAUCCAGCUCAUGGAGGUCUUCGAGACAGCGGAGCGCGUCUACAUGGUGAUGGAGCUGGCCACUGGAGGAGAGCUCUUUGACCGGAUCAUCGCACGCGGCUCCUUCACAGAGCGGGACGCCACGCGGGUACUACAGAUGGUGCUGGAUGGUGUCAAGUAUCUCCACACUUUGGGGAUCACCCACCGAGACUUGAAGCCCGAGAACCUGCUCUACUACCACCCGGGAGCUGAUUCGAAGAUCAUCAUCACUGAUUUUGGUUUGGCCAGUAGCAGGAAAAAGGGAGACGAGUGUCUGAUGAAGACCACCUGCGGCACACCGGAGUACAUAGCGCCUGAAAUCCUAGUGAGGAAGCCGUACACAAACGCUGUGGACAUGUGGGCACUGGGGGUGAUUUCCUACAUCCUGCUGAGUGGAACCAUGCCCUUUGAGGACGACAACCGCAUGAGGCUCUACCGGCAGAUCCUCAAGGGGAAAUACAGCUUUUCUGGAGAGCCAUGGCCCAGUGUGUCCAACCUGGCCAAAGACUUUGUAGAGCGUAUUCUAACAGUGGACCCCAGUGAGCGACUUACUGCCGGCCAGGCCCUGAAGCACCCCUGGAUCGUCAGCAUGGCAGCCUCGUCGUCCAUGAAGAACCUGCAGCGCUGCAUAUCUCAGAACCUCCUGAAGCGUGCGUCCUCGCGCUGCCAGAGCACCAAGUCGGCCCAGUCCACGCGCUCCAGCCGCUCAACCAAAUCCAACAAGGCUCGGCGGGUGAGAGAGAAGGAGCUGCGGGAGCUGAACCGCCGCUAUCAGCAGCAGUACAAUGGCUGAAGCAGGGCCUGACGGCCAGCGACUGCGGCGGACCUUGUGCUUUUGAAACAACACAACAAUGACUGAACCUUUUUAGUGGCUACCACCAUUCUAAGUUGCUGCCAGCAUUUGGGGACCAAAAGUGGCUUGAAGUACCAAGUUUCUGCUUUAAAAACAGGGACGGUGACUCGACUAAAUCCAUGUUUCUAAAAAUUACAAAGCUGAAAAGUAAUAGACUGUAGAAAAAGUCAGAAAGACAAUUUCAUUGUCAUUAAACUCCUGCCGCAGUGUGUCUCCUGAUUUAAAAACAGGGCACAUCGGCGUUGCAACAGCUGCAUCAUCUCUAGCCACUCUUUCACAUUUACUUUUAGCAGGAUGGUGCCUUUUUACUUCUCUCCUCGUGUUCUCCCACUCCCUGUGUCGCUACAUAUUUAUUUAUUAUUGUUGACGUGAUUAUUAGUCUCCGUUCAAAUGGUCACUGGAUAAUGACCUUCCACAAGGAUCUGUUGAACAGAGUUCUGGAUACUGACAUUUCUAAGAGGGAAGAGAUUCUUCAGAAGAGGGGGAAACAAAUUCCCCUCACUCAUUUCUGAUUGCUGUGAAUUUAUUAUUGUACUAAUUGUACAGACCUUGAUUUAAGAUGUGGUUAAUCGUGUCGCGCUGCAACAUAAUCACCCCAUUGUAGGCCAAAAUGAUUUAGUCAAUUCAAAGCUUGGCUCAUCUUCCCAUUGUUGUUCUAAAACUGUCAUAAGAUUGUGAAGCUUUUUUGUGUCAGUGUUAAAUCCUAAUUGUAUUAGACAAUAGUAUGUCACACAGCCCUGUGUCCUUUUGAUAUUACAUUGCUCUUAAAGUACCAUCAAUGACUCUUUCCUAUUCUACAGCAAUGAUUUGUCCAAAUAAUGGAGUAUGGCCUUUUUCUUGUUGGUUACAUUGGCACAUGAGUUGGGGCUGCUUUGGGUUUCCACCACCUCUGUAUAAGUUCUUUAUGAGUGUAACCUAGUUUUAAAAUAAUCGUGUAAGAUUUGCUAUUUGAUUUUAAUUAACUGAGUAACUUCCAGGUGUUCUGGCUUUGUACCGUUAGCUAUCCGAACUAGCCAAGUGACAGAAAUUACAUUAACCUGCUGUGAAAGAGCUCAUAUGGAGCACGGUUGGCAUAUGGCGAAACAAAAUUUUCAAAAAAUUCCUGUAUGCGGGUUAAAUUUAAACUACAUUCCACAAAAAGGUCACACAUUAAACUGCAAAAUGUUACGUUAGAAACAGAGUGACCGAUAACUUUAGCUAGGUUAGCGUUUUUUUUUUUUGGAUCUCUUCUGCCGUUUCAAAACUGAGUGAAUCCUAAUUGUUGAAAACUAAUUUCUUUAUGUAAGCAUAUUUAAAUAAAACAAGUAAAAAAGCUGAUAUCAGAGGACACCCUUUUCUCCAAAAAACUUAAAAUUUGGACGUUAUUUAUGUUGUGACUUUCUGAGACAUUCAUGUUAAAUGUGUGAGUGAGUUUAGUAAAUCUGCGGUAAACUUAAUACAUUUAAUACACUAAAUUUAACUCACUCGCAGCCCUAUCCUCAAGUCUCACUGUAUUUCUUAGCUAAACUGUGUUCUGUUAACACCAAUAACUCCCAAAAACAUUAUUUCUUUGGGUAAAGUCAGAAUUUUAUUCACAAGGCAUAGCAGAUACAGGACUUAAACUUUUGAUAUCAUCCAAUACCCUUUAGAAAAAUAUGAGUAUUGAAAAGGGGAAAUGAUAGGGAUAAACAGACAACUGAUGCUGGGCAGCUGAUAUCUAAUGUGGUCAGUCAAGUUGGCUUGGAGAAAAUCCUAGAAACCCACAUUAGACAGCUUGUGUUGGAUGGGGAGUUACUGAGUUGUAAACGACACCCUAAAAUAAAGAAGAUAGUGAGUCUGUAGCCACGCAACUAUACAGCUGAAUGCACAAGGCUUUAUUUUAUUUUUUAAAUAUAGAGAUAAUAUUUUCAUCCUUUCUUUUGUGCACUUAAUUUAUAAUAAAUUGAAAUAGCUCACUACAAGAACUCUAGUUGAUCAGAUCUGCAGUAUGAGCUGCAAAGAAACGAUUCGUUUAUUCUGAUGUUUACAGUAAAUCGUUUCCACUACACUUGUGAAUAUUUAGCAUCCUUACACAAUGAAGUAUUGUGACUACUGCACAAUUCAGAGCUAUGCUGAGGAAAUACACUUAAAUGACAUGAAAGUUACUUUUCUAAACUUUGAUGAUGAUGAAGGUGAUUACAUUGAUGACCGUCCCCAAGAUGGCAGAAAAAAAACUAGAAGUAUUGCAACCUGAGUAUUCACAAAAGAUAUUAGAUAUUAUUUGUCCUUUUUUUUGUUGUUUUUCUGUCUGGCAAAGCACUUAGUGUACAGUGUUGAACUGAUUUUCAUGACCUGUUUUUCAAACUAGUUUCUUAUUAUGUAUUUUGUCACGUCGGACGCCUUCCAGAGGAAAUGAAAUGGUACAUUGAGGUCUUUCCCUCUUUGCUUUUUGAGUAUUUUUGCUGUGAUCUUCCCCGGAGUUAAAAAAGUGUGCUGUUGUGAACUUUUUAACAUGUACUGGAAACCCGAUCGAGCCAUGUCAGCUGACCUCAAUCUUUCCUUCCCUUUUUGUCUUUUAGCUUUCACUUGUUCCAUGAUGCUUUGUCAUCUCUCUGAUGCAACUCUUUCCGUUGUCUUUGAUCAUUUUUAGUCUCUUCAUUUGUCCUACUGCUGUUUUU